AUGCCACCCCAAUCCCAAACCCCCUGCCCGUCACCACCACCAUCACCACCACCAUGCCCCCUCCCACCCCACCAACGCUUCUACCUGCACCGAGGCUCAACCGCCAUACCGCUUAUCCCCAUGGACCUACUUCCAUUCCAGCUGCACGGCGUACCCGUAUCCCUCAGCAGGCUUGCAAUACAGACUGGGCAUUGGAAGGAAGUCAGGGAAGGUAGGACAAGGCAUGUUUCGAUUCAGGAUGCGUGUGUAAGUGGGGAUAUGGGGGCGACGGCUAUGGAGAUGGGAGUGAAAAGCCGAGAUACGGUGGAUGCGAGACCGAGGUAUCUGGCGCCAGAUCAUAAUCAUCGUGUACGCAGCGACGCGGGGUGUGUGAAUGUGAGUAAGAUGAGUGAUAGUAGUGAUGAAGCGACAUGCUCGCUAUCCCGCAAGCAUACUUCUGCACCUCUACAUACCUCUUCUCCACCAUCGACAUCGACAUCGGCAUCAGCAUCGCCCUCACCGCCGCCCAGACCCCAAAAAGUCUUCUGUACGCACUGGAUUGCAACGGGCGAGUGCAGAUGGCUCGCCACGGGCUGCAAAUUCAAGCACGAGAUGCCGGGUAUAGCGCAGUUGCACGCGCUCGGAUUCACGCGCGGCGUACCCAGAUGGUGGAGGGAGAAGAAAGCUAUUCGCGCGGCGCCGCCGCGGGGAUUGACGUGGAUGGAGCGCAGAGUUGCGGGCAGAGAGAAGGAGAAGGAGAAGAAGGAGCAUGAGGAUGAGGAGAAAAGGGGAUAUACACCUAGUAUCGGGGCUACGCGUGAGAUGCUGGAUUCUUCUUCUACUACUUCUACUUCGUGCUCCGGACCAGCGAGCGAGGUGCGCAAUCUAAUUGAUCUGGAAGACGACUUGACGCCCUGUUCGCCUGGGAUAUCGAGCGAGACGAGCAUGUCAUCCGCGUCGUCGUAUACAUCCGACAGCUCACUACAUGUCCAUGUAUAUGGCGCGGCGGAUUCCAGCCGGAGCCCGUCGCCAAGACGGCAGCACCAUCGGUCAUUUGGCAAUGGGGAUAGACGUCAGGGAGCGGGAAUAGCGCCGGGGAGCGAGAUUGCAAUUGCGCAAUCGCACUUGGGACGGGGGCUAGCGAGCUCGAAAUAUGCGCUUCGCAUGCCGGGGGUCCCAGGACGGGCGUAG